CCACGGCUCCGCCUCGGCUUCCGCCAGCUGCGGCGUCUGGAGAAGGUCGGGAUGUUGUCACUUCCUCCGGAGCAGCUCUCUGCAUCCGGGUCGGCUGUUGCCGCUGUGGCUGAGGGACUGGGCCCGGGUCUCACCGUCGGAGGGGAGCGGGCUCCGCUCGGCGCUACCUUCUGCGACCUGGCCGUCAGCCCUGCGUCGCCGGCCUGGAGGGGCGAAGAAGACGAGGAGGCCAAGGGUUCCUCCGGGAGAGUAAGAGUUGCUGUCAGAGAACAGUCUAUGAAGUGGUCUUUGAAGGACCUUGGCUCUCUGGGUUAUCAGGAGCUUGUAGUUGACAUUGAGUCCAGGCUGAGGAUGGAAGGUGUUGAACUUAAGGAAGAAUGGCAAGAUGAAGAUUUUCCAAUACCUUUACCGGAAGAUGAUAGUAUUGAAGCAGAUAUAUUAGCUGUAACUGGACCAGAGAGUCAACCUGGCUCACUAGAAGUUAAUGGCAAUAAAGUGAGAAAGAAACUAAUGGCUCCUGACAUUAGCCUAACCCUGGAUCCUAGUGAUGGCUCUGUGUGGUCAGAUGAUUUGGAUGAAAGCGGGGAGAUUGACUUAGAUGACUUAGAUACACCAUCAGAGGACAGUAAUGAAUUUGAGUGGGAAGAUGAUCUUCCGAAACCCAAGACUACUGAAGUUAUUAGGAAAGGCUCAAUUACUGAAUAUACAGCAGCAGAGGAAAAAGAAGAUGGACGACGCUGGCGUAUGUUCAGAAUUGGAGAACAGGACCACAGGGUUGAUAUGAAAGCAAUUGAACCCUAUAAAAAAGUUAUUAGCCAUGGAGGAUAUUAUGGGGAUGGAUUAAAUGCCAUUGUUGUGUUUGCUGUCUGUUUUAUGCCUGAAAGUGGUCAACCUAACUAUAGAUACCUGAUGGACAAUCUCUUUAAGUACGUUAUUGGCACUUUGGAGCUGUUAGUAGCAGAAAACUACAUGAUCGUUUAUUUAAAUGGUGCAACAACUCGAAGAAAAAUGCCCAGUCUGGGAUGGCUCAGGAAAUGCUAUCAACAAAUUGAUAGAAGGUUACGGAAAAACCUAAAGUCUCUCAUUAUUGUACAUCCCUCUUGGUUUAUCAGAACACUUCUGGCUGUUACAAGACCAUUUAUUAGCUCAAAAUUCAGCCAAAAAAUUAGAUACGUCUUUAAUUUGGCAGAACUAGCGGAACUUGUCCCCAUGGAAUAUGUUGGAAUACCAGAAUGCAUAAAACAGUAUGAAGAAGAAAAGUUUAAAAAGAAACAGAAAAGAGUUGAUCAAGAGCUUAAUGGAAAACAAGAUGAACCGAAAAGUGAACAGUAUAUAUAGGUUGCUAGACUUUCUUCAACUGCAAUUCCAGAAUUUAAAAAGGUAAGGAAUCUGCUUUUUUGAGAGUCUUCUUUUAAAUGACUGUGUUACUCUGGCUGUUUUUACGUGAUUGCUCAGGGAAUUUGAAAGUGUUUGAAUUAAAGGAGAAGGGGCUUUUUAGAUUUCUUCAAUUGAUAGUUAAAAAUUAGCAUUAGGAUAUGUCCAGUUUCCUAAUGAGAUUGGUAAAGUUGUAUAUAAGGUGACAGCAGCUUCAUCCUUUUCCCCAUGUGAUACGUGGAAAAUUGCUAACAUUGCUCCUACAGGAGGAGGAGGAAAUAGACUGAAAAUAGGUAGUUAUGGCUACCACAUUCUGUUUUGUUUUCAUGCCUAUUUUUUCUCAUCCUGUAUAGCUAUUUGAGAAGUGGAUCACAAAUGUCAGAAGGGUGGGAUAGCUAGAGGAAUUAAUGUACUUAAAAGUUAGACCAACUAUUCUGUUAGAGUUUAUCUUGUAGGAACAGGGAUUGCGUAAUUUGAGUUGCUGGGAGAAAGAGUUAAGGACUUAGACUUGCAUGAGAAGGUCAGCCGGUAAGAGAAGUGGGAGAUUCUCAGUGUUCUAAUAGUAAGGAAGAAUUACCUGGAGAGUCUUUCAUCCCCCUCUUCCCAUCCCAAGAUUCUGAAUGAGUUAGAAUCAUAUCAGUGGUGAGUCCCAGUAAUGUGAUCCUUUAAAAUUCUUAAUGGUAAUUGAAAAUAAUGUGUUGACCAGCAAGGAGUGACACUAAAAUUUGAACAGAACUGUUACUUUGUUGCAGCUAUAUAUGACAGAUCUACUUAAUUUCUUAUGUUUUGAGAACUACUUUUAUGAAAAGUUUACAUGAAGCACUUAAUAUAACACAUCAAACACCAGAAGAAAAUCAAAGUUUAAUGCUUUCAUUUACUAAAGAAUUAUUAUAAUAUCUGUCUAAUUCUAUUUUAUAAGACAUUCUACAAGAGGUUAAAACAUUUGCAUUUUGAAACUUUUAUGCGUUUUCACAUUCAGUGUAGCUAAGGAGGAACUUGGAAAAUAAUGUUAAUUAGCUACUCUACUGCACUUUUUGUAUUUGAAUUUUCUGAAGUUAUGUCCCUUAAACAGCUUAUUUACAUAAACUAGCUAGUAAAUAUUUGUGGUGUUCAGGGCACUGACUUGCACAGCCCUUGGGGCACAUGGAACACAAUUCAGAGUUCGUUAGACACUAAUGCACUUUGAUAUAUAUUUCAAAGAUUAAUACAUUUUUCUUACCAUAAAUUCACAUGCUGUCAUUUAGACACAGUUAAUGUACUGUGAUCAUUUUAUCACUGUUCAGAUAAUGUUGCAUAGCCUAGUGCUCUCCUUUUACAGUGAGAGAAAUUCAGUUCUGAAGACUGUGUGUGCAAGAUGUUGAUGUGGUCCCUGUAAGAAAUACUAAGGUUGGUCUUGAUUUACUAAGAAGAUGUAAUAUUUUCUUUUUCUCUGACUUGUUAGGAAUACAAUAACUUGUGUCCUGAUUCGUUGCACAUCGUAUUUUUGCAACGUUAAUGAAUUGAAAUAAAUUAAUUGGAAAGUUUUGGUUUUGA